AACCCACAUGGAAACAGACUUCCCUGUGUUUUGAGUUUCGGCGCCGAUUGAGGCGGUAAAGAAAGAUAAAAGCCACAGGAGGCAUUUUAUUUGUCGUUAGGACGUCUCGCAGUCUUUACGUCACAUUUUUUGCACAAAUAACACAACUAUGAAAAUCGAGGAGGUAAAAAGCACCACAAAAACUCAGCGGAUCGCUUCUCACAGUCACGUCAAAGGACUCGGGCUAGACGAGGCCGGGAAUGCUAAACAGACAGCAUGUGGACUGGUCGGCCAGGAGGCUGCAAGAGAGGCAUGUGGCAUCAUUGUGGAGUUGAUCCGUUCAAAAAAGAUGUCAGGAAGGGCAGUUUUACUGGCAGGGCCACCUGGAACAGGAAAGACUGCCCUCGCCUUGGCUGUAGCACAGGAGCUAGGAAACAAGGUGCCUUUCUGCCCCAUGGUUGGCAGCGAGGUCUACUCAACUGAGAUUAAAAAAACAGAAGUAUUGAUGGAAAAUUUCAGGAGGGCAAUUGGUCUUCGCAUCAAAGAAACAAAGGAGGUGUAUGAAGGAGAGGUGACAGAGCUGACCCCCUGUGAGACUGAGAAUCCCAUGGGUGGCUACGGAAAAACCAUCAGCCACGUCAUCAUCGGUCUGAAGACAGGAAAAGGCACAAAGCAGCUCAAGCUGGACCCUAGUAUUUAUGAGAGUCUUCAGAAAGAGCGUGUGGAAGUGGGAGAUGUCAUUUACAUCGAAGCUAACAGUGGAGCUGUCAAGAGACAAGGUCGUUGUGACACCUUUGCAACAGAGUUUGACCUGGAGGCAGAGGAGUAUGUUCCACUUCCUAAAGGUGAUGUCCACAAAAAGAAGGAAAUAGUCCAAGAUGUCACACUGCACGAUCUGGAUGUUGCAAACGCCCGACCUCAGGGAGGCCAGGACAUUCUCUCCAUGAUGGGACAACUGAUGAAACCCAAAAAGACAGAAAUCACAGAUAAGCUACGAGCUGAGAUCAACAAGGUGGUGAACCGCUACAUAGACCAAGGUGUAGCUGAGCUUGUACCUGGCGUGCUGUUCGUGGACGAGGUGCACAUGCUGGACAUCGAAUGCUUCACGUACCUCCACCGAGCGUUGGAGAGCACCAUCGCCCCCAUUGUUGUGUUCGCUUCUAACAGGGGAAACUGCUUGAUUAGGGGCACGGAGGACAUCAGUUCUCCACACGGGAUUCCUCUGGACUUGUUGGAUAGAGUCAUGAUAAUCCGCACCAUGUUGUACACGCCGCAGGAGAUGAAGCAGAUCAUCAAGAUCCGCGCUCAGACUGAGGGGAUCAGUAUCAGCGAGGAGGCUCUCACACACCUGGCAGAGAUUGGCACCAAGACCACCCUCAGGUACGCUGUACAGCUGCUAACACCCGCCAGCCUGCUGGGCCGAGUUCAGGGAAAAGAGACCGUGGAGAGAGAGCAGGUAGAAGAGAUCAACGAGCUGUUCUACGACGCCAAGUCCUCGGCCAAAAUCCUCCAAGAUCAGCAUCACAAGUUUAUGAAAUAAAACAGUUUGUUAUAGUUUCUGUAGCAGGUCACAGGGCCGGCGUUUAUUUCUUCAUCCAUUUUUCCAUCUCUACUCUCCACCACGGCUCAUUCUAGUGUCCCUGUGUCUGCCUCGUUACUGUAGUAGUUGUGUUCUAAUAAAUUUUAAGUUCUGUUCAUUCUGUUUAUUGAUGAAGCUCAUUUUUGAAUAAAAAGAAAAACACAUUGCCUCAA